AUGCCCAUCUCUAGAUCACUCACGUACAACUCCGUUGCACUGGUAACUGCUCUUGCAUUUCUCAUUUUCAUCACUACGUUCAUUCGUCUAGGCCUCUUCGACGUACAAAGUGCACGUCACUGCAGCAGACGCAUUCAGCUGGACGGCAGGACAUUGGACGACACUUGUCUCCUCUUCAAUUCGACACGCAGUUCGCUGUGGGGUGCAAGAGUCCUACAAAGGCUGGAAGACAGACGUGUCGCAAAGGGCUGCAGCUGCUCGCGAGCUCUUCGUCUAGAACUACAAGACGACGUGCUUAGAAUAAGGAAGCAUGAGCACAACAAGUGGAAAGGAAGAGAAAAAUUUAUUGGACCACGCCCACCGCUGGCUUUCUGCCCUUCUGACUCUCCACUGCAGUUUCCGUCGACUGGUAUAGAAAUCGAACCGAAACAGGGUGUUACACUGGUGGGACUGGCUAUCAGCGCAUCACAAACUUCAUACUGGGAUGACACAGUCGUCGAGAUUGUUUUCAAGUCGAUGCGUGGCCUCGGAGUACUGUCACUGCCGCGACAGUCUUUUUACUCUUUUGUGCGAAUGAAUGUGGUUGUGCGUGGCAACAACACAAACAGAAUGACUUUAUCAGCACAGAGUCGUCACGCGUUAAACUUGAAUGUUGCUUUGAAGGACUUGAUGUAUCAAAGUACAGUUGCAGUUGUCAAUGAACUAGAAACAGUGAGUGUGAGUUUCCUGGGGAACGUGUUUGAUAUCCACAUUCGAAUCCGUCGUAAGCGAAUGCCAUAUUUGCGUAAAACGAGCUCGGUGUUUCCUCGAAUUGAGGAGCGCGUCACGAUUGCCACAAAAACGUUUGAACGAUAUGACAAAGUGAUUCGAUUGAUCGACAGCGUUUUGAAAUACUACCCGAGUUUGACUAUUAUUGUUGCCGAUGAUUCGGUCAAUUUCCAUACUAUAAGAAAGAAAAAUGUUCUUCAUUAUAGGAUGCCUCCACAGAUUGGGUGGUUUGCGGGUAGGAAUCUUGUUGUGAGCCAAGUGAUGACGGAGUAUCUCGUGUGGGUGGACGACGACUUUGUGUUUGACAAGAACACGAAGUUGGAGUUGUUUAUGGAAAAAUUGGAUCGACUGGAUUUGAGACUAGAUUUAGUAGCAGGCCACGUGGUGUCACCUGGCAAGACGGGAAGUUGUGGAUCGUGUUUGCAAGUGGAAAUGGACAGAGAAGGCUAUUGUGUAACAGUCAAUAGAUCGUGCAGUCUGGGACCUCUCGAUGGAUACCCUCAGUGUGUUCUUGUUGAUCGUGCAUUGAACUUCUUUAUGGCGAGAACCAAAUCAGUUCACGAGAUUGGAUUUGAUCCACAUUUUAACCAUAUUGGCCAUACGUCGUUUUUUAUUGAUGGAUAUCAUACACUUCGUUCUGCAUGUUGCAGUGAUGUGUCUAUUGGUCAUUUCUCGGCUGGCAGUAGCCCUUUCUAUCAUCAAAAUCGUCGAAUUUCAGGUCAGGAAUUAAUCAAGCAUCAGAGCUACAUACUGUUUAAGUACAAUAUGAAAUGUAUAAGUUUUGUUUAGUGACACAAAAUGCUUACGUGCGUUUUGCGGUUUGAUAUUAUUAACAAGUCAUGUUGACUGCUAAACUGUCUAUCAGCUUUGUCACUGAAUUGUGUCUGCUAGUGAUUUUCCAAAGAAGUUUAAUUAAUUAUUGUAUAAAUUGUUGAUUUUUGUUUGCGUGUUCAUGUUGUAGUAGUAGCUCAUGGCUGUAUCUUGUUUG